AUGGGGGAAAUUACAAAUUUAAUCAACGGUGGCUGGUCUGUGUGGUCUCCCUUCAAUUGCAAACAAUGCUCAUGUCCAAGCAUUUCUGGUUCUAUCGGCGUGACACUUUCUCACCGAAGUUGUUCCAAUCCAGAACCAGUAAAUGGAGGUGCCGAAUGUCAAGGGCCAAAUCAACGGGCGGCAGUCUGCACGAGAAAGUGUGCAGAAGGGGGAAAUAGUGUCAACCAAUAUAUUUCAAGUAAAUGUGCUGAACAUAAAUAUCAACGGAAUGACCCUGAAUUAACCGGAAGUGGCAGUCAGUUAACUCGGUUCCCUCAACGCGCAUGCAAAAUAUUCUGUGAUGUGCAAAAUGGGUUUGGGUCGCAGAGAAAUUAUAGGUUUUAUGGAGACAACCUUCCGGAUGGAGCGCCUUGUGGUUGGGACCGGUAUUGCUUGAAUGGGGAGUGCACGGUAUGUCUAAUACCUAAUUAA